UCUUUCUCCUCCUCCUUUCGGUGUCAAUUCCUUUGUUUCUCUUGGAGCUCCCUUCAAUCUCCUUCCUAUUCAUGACUCCAUCUCUUUGCCCCACAUCUCUAUCUCGAACUUAUUAGGUAUAAAAUCUUCCCAAGCGAUCAUUUUCUUUGUUCCUCUGCUCUUUUAUGGCGGGAACCAACGGGCAGCUCUGAGCAGUCUGGGUGUUCGUUUGUAUCAAAGAUAGGUGGAGAUACUGAAUUUUAAAGAUAAUUGAAUGGCAAAUUCAUCUGGGGACCGUCAAGAACAAGCGAAUCAAGGGGCGUCCACUUUCUUCACUGGAACGAACCCCACCAACGGCAAUCUGGCAUCCGAUUGUUCUGCUUUUAGUAUGAAGCACGAUCCCGGUAUCUCAAUGGAGUGGACAGUAGAGGAGCAGGUGAUUCUUGAAGAAGGGAUUAAAAAUUGAGUGUUCUUUAUCUUCUUCUUCUUUUUUUUUUUUUUCCUUUUAAAGACUUUGGUUUUUUAUGAAAAAUGUUAUAGAUUCCGGGGUUUGGUGCAAAUGCUUUUGAAUGUUUUGAGACUUUAUUGGUUAGAAUAGUUAAGGUAUUCUGACUUAGAAUCAAAUUCAGGCUACUAAAGCUGCCAGCUUUUUCUUUCUGCUUGUUGUUGUUUGAAUGAUUUUGUUAUGUUAAUCAGGGCAUUUGUAAUGAACUUAAUUUGGAUUUGGAAUGUUAGAUUGAAUUUCGAAUAUUUGCAUUUCCCUGUUGUAUUAUUUGGUUGAAUUGCAUAGCAUACUUGUCUAACCAUGAUCUUUGAGUUUCAGUGGCUUUUCUUUUUCUCGUUUUCAUAUUCUAAUUUCCUCUCUUGGCUACUUUAAUUGUAUUAUUACAAUAAUAAAAAUAUUGUCUUAGU